CUGAACUUUUUCGAAAUCAGUCAGAGAGUGCAAAAUGGAAAAUCGACCUUUGACUACUAUGUCCAAAAGAAGAAAGUCUGCCAAAAAGCGUGGCUUACGAGUCAUGGCAUUUCAAACGGAAGGUAUGAUUAAACCUUCAGAUGAGGGUAUACUCCAUUUUAGUAGACCUUAAUUAUUCACGAUACCCGCCAUCUUUGCACGCGCUAAAGGACUGAUAAGAAAAAAGCAAUGUCACAUGGUUUCCCAGGGGGCAAACAAAUGUUAGCAUAAAGUACAUUUCGAGGUUCCACAAGAUUUACGUCAUUACUGUUGGCUGUGAGGACAUCUACGGUCGCUACGGCAUCCAAAUAAGUAAUGAUGUUUACUUCUACCCAUAAUUUGCCAUUAUCGUCUUUCCCAUGAAAAGUUCUUUAUUUCCUGUUGUCUAGAGUAGACGAACGCGACCUCGAUUUCUUGCAUUGGCAGCUUUUAUCAUUUGUGUGCCCCCUGAGAAACCACAUGACAUUGCUUUUUGCCCAUCAGUCCCUUAGCAGGUGCAAAGAUGGCGGGUGUCGUGAAUAAGGUUUAUUUGUCCCCUAAUUGUUGCAAUUUUCCUUUAUUUUACUUACUAAAGGUUUCACAAGUGGAAAAAUGAAUGGACAGUAAAGCGACUAAGCAGCCGGGUACAUGCUCGAAAAGGAACGACAUUUGAAUCUAGACGGUUCAUAGAAGCGGAACUUUGGUUUGGCGAUAUGGUUGAUUCCUUGGCCAAUAGAAUGCCAGACUUAAGCAAGAGGGAGUUGCCAGCAUGCCUGACUUUUCAAAAAAUAUACGAAAUGUAUACGGAAUCGGUUCAAAAUCCGCUCAAGCCUUCACAGUUUCGUAGAAUGAGGCUGAACAAGUUUCCCGACGUUAUUAUUCCAAAGGUGGAUAGGUUUGGUUACUUUAUUCGAUUAAAAAUCAUUCUUAUUAAUUUUGAUGUUUAUUAUUCUUUUCAGAUUUGUUGAUUGUUGCAGGUCAAAAUUAAAGUCAGGUUAAAGUUUUUUAACCUAGGUUGAUUCUCAACCUCCUUUGUAUCUUUGCCCUAAUACAAUAAUAAUUGGGGCCAGGAGACAAAGGGAAAUAGAGAAUCAACCUAGGUUAAAAAAUUUUAACCUGAAUUUUUAUUUUGACCUGCAACAUUAUUUUUUUCCUUUGUUUGCAACCUCCGUUUUUUCCAGCGGUUGUUAAAUUAUUGCUAGUUAAUUCACUAAUUUAUUUAUUUGGCUCUUAUUCCGACAGAGAAACAGAUUUACAAAAUGCGGGGUGUGUCUGUUAAUUACGGAGCACAUCCGUGCAACGACCGACAAAAAAAAAAGAGUUACAUGGACGGAGAGAAAGCAGCUACAUAUGGAACAACAAGCGUAGGCAGUUUUAACAUUUGAUCAUACUUUAUAAGUAAACCAAAAUAGACAUCAAGGCGUUUUUAAAAUAUUAUCUUACAAUAAUUUUCCUCUGGAUGUAAACAGUCUUCAAUUUAAAUAACUUCAAGUUAUUUUAAAAUGCAGAGGGAGAGAUAGAGAGAUUAGUUUUGACCUUAAGGUACAAAAUAUUCAGAAUUACUGGCAAACGCAGAUUGCAAUUUUACAUUUUCUAACCUGAAUUAUCAAUGCAACCAUUUUCUUCUUUAUUUUAAUCAGUUAUUUACCUUUACUCUUUCAGUGGUGAAAGAAAAAAAUACUAUAAACACCAAAAAAAGGCAGAGCAGCGCCCAGACAAGUAUUUGAGCUUGAUAAUCGAUGGAAUGGAUCAAAGUAAGACACACCUACCCCACUGGAUUCAAAAGUCGAAGGUUAGAAUAAGCUCACUUGACAUAGUAAUAGGCGUAGAAGCUAAGAAGAAGCUUAUUCCUGCAUGACCACGGUGAUGUCCGAGUAAGCAUUUAAUCCCCUCUUUUUGUCUGUUUCAGCUCGAGGGAGAGUGUGACGGAUUUUUAAAAACGCAUGUAACAGGAGUCCUGUCACACGGGCACAAAAAAGCAUGGUGCUUCAUCGACUUUAUGCGAUGGCCUCAAGAUGCCAACCCGACAAUAAAUUGUUUAAUCUCUGUCUUCAGACAUCUUAGACGCACGGUACGUACGCACUUGUCAGUGGGCUUUAUCCGAAAUGUACACUGGAGAACAGACAGUACUACAAGUGUUAGCAUCUAAAAUGUGGGCGGAUAAAUCAUUCAACAGUGCAAAAAUUGCAAGGACUAUUUAUUCUUGUUCCUUUUUUUGUUUUUCAACAGAAAACUAGUUUACCGCCGACGUUGUAUUUACAACUAGACAAUUGUUACAGGGAUUGCAAAAAUAUACAUAUUUUGGGAUUUUGCGCUCUGUUAGUAAAAGCUGGCGUUUUUAGAAAGGUUGGUUGGACUUUUUAUUGUUGUUCAAUGCCGUUUUAUGUCCGUUUGAAAGUGAUUUGCUACUGACUUGACUUUCACAGAAACAGUAAAAGCACUUAACAAAUAUUGUAUGCACCCAAUUGCACAACCGCUGUCUUAUAAAAAAAAAAAAAAAAAAAAAGAACAAACUAAGGGAAAUUCUUGAUUUUUGGCCAGGCAAAUUUGAUAGUCCAGGAAUUAAAUUUUGAAUUCUUUUGCACUACAGUGCCAGUAAUACUUCAUUUGACCAUAAGUAAAGUAAAUUGGUCGCUUUACUAUAUUUUCUUCUUCAUUCUUUCGUCGGACCUUAUCGCUUGCAGGUACGAUUGUCUUAUCUCAUGGUGGGCCACACUCAUGAAGAUAUCGAUCAGGUAAUUUUGAAAUUUUUCAACAUGCCAUUUCAUUUCAUGCCACUCUUGGAAGGAAUUUACCAAUUGCUCUGUACUAUCGAUUUUACUUUUUGUAUUAAGAUGUUUAGCCGUAUCUCCGUGGCACUGGCGAGAACGAAUGCAGUAACGCUGGACGACCUCAUACAAGUCAUACGGGGAGCAUACAACCCUACCCCCAUCACAUGUUCAGUUGAAAACAUAUACGACGUGAAGACUUGGCUUCGCCCCUUUGUUCCUUCCCUUAAGCACCACUCCAACCCACACGCCUUUCGCUUUAAAAUGAAUCAAAACGGUGAAGUCGAGAUGUCUUACAGACCCUUCGCGAAGUCCGGUAGGAAACAGUGGUUGCCAGAGGAGGGGCCGAUUGUCCUCUUAAAGCAAGUUCCACCUGGCAAACCAUCAGUCAUCAAACCUGACAUGAAAAAAUGUCCAUCUGUUGAAGUCAUAAAAGAUUCCGUUGAAAAGCUGGGGGUAAGGAUGUCGUCAGCACAACUGGAUUGGUGGAGGAAAAUGGCUGAAGACGAGGAAAGGAAAAGAAGACAGUGGGAGUCGCUGACACCAGACCAAUAUCGAAAAGCGGGAGAAUCUUUUGAUUUACUAGAAUUUAAGUUUCAAAACGAAGACCCGGAUCCUGACGAAGACGGGGAAUACGGAGAGAGGAACAGGAAGCUGCUGCGACUGAUUGAAAAGAAAGAAAACCAUUUGCCG